AAAUCAAAGUAAAAACUUAUAAAUUAAAAUCUUUAAAUUACAUACAAAAACAAAAUUUAACUAAAAAUAAAAUAACUAACAACAUAUAAGAACUUGCGACAGAAAUCUCCAGAAUUUUGUGAUAAUUUUAAACAUUGGAUAAUCCAAAAUACAUAAUUUUUUUUUUAUACAAACAUAUGGAGGUAUAUAAAACAAAACAAAAUAAUAUUGUGUAAAACACACUGACAACCUUGACUGACAUCAACUAAAAUGCGAAUAGAAGAAUAAUAACAAAAUAAGAAAGAAUUUAGAAAAAAAUAUGUGUGAUAAGAAAACAACCACCACACAGUGAAAUACAUAAUAAAAAUAAUGAAAGAAACACCAGCCGAGAAAUUGAUGCAUAGAGAAAAAAGAGCAAAAGAAUUAUCAGCAGAUGAAGAAAACUAACCCAAUUUUUGGACAAGCCGCAGUAAAAGAACGUUCAUUCAAUUUUAUAACCUCCAUCAGAGAGGACGUGUUUUUUCCGUUUUAACUAUUUGAAAAUUAAAAAAGAAUUGAAAAUUGUAAAGUUAAUUUUUCUUAAGUGGUUAAUGACAGAGAAAUUUUAACUUAAAUUGUUUACUAAUUUCUUUUUGUUGUUGCAACUAACAAAAGUACAAUACGUAAUCACCUCAUUAUUAUAGAGUAAAAAAAAAAAAAAAUAUAUCGUGUGUUUUUCGUUGCUGUUGAACUAAACAUGGUUUCUUAUUUUGUACCUCGCGGUCGUUUCCUUAUCAAGGCUGGUAAUUUACGACAAGCUCAUCAGAAACAUCAACAAACCGGCCAACAACAAACCGGCAAAUGGCCGUUGAUUAAGAAUUUUCGCCAAACAUUUUCCACCAAAGCAGCUGGCAAUAAUGUCAACAAUCAGACCACAGAGUCGAAAGUUGAUAAUCUUAUAAGAAAUAAUUCUUUAAAUAAAAACACGAGUUUUCAAGUUCGCAGACAUCAAGAAUUACAAAAGAGACGUCUUAGCAUAUGGUUAAAAUGGACUGGUUUUCUAUUGAAAUGGGCUCCUAUGGGUAUUUGUGUAUUUGGUGCUUUGGAAUGGCAAUUACAUAAGCAGAAUUGUGUACGAGAACAGUUGCCACAGACCGCCUCGGAAUUUCAGACAAAGUUUUACUGUUCCCUGCCUUUGAGAUUGCUAAGUAGAGCUUGGGGUUGGCUGGCCGCCUGUUAUAUACCGGAGAACUUUAGACCCUUUGUGUAUGGCUGGUAUUCCAAGUCGUUUGGUGUGAAUAUUGAAGAGGCUUUAUAUCCAGACUAUAAAUACUAUGAAAGUUUAUCACAAUUUUUCACUCGUCCAUUAAGAGAAGGUGUACGACCAAUUGACAUGAAAGCACCCAUAGUAUCGCCGGCCGAUGGAAAAAUAUUACAUUUUGGCACGGCCUCCAAGUCACUUAUAGAGCAAGUAAAGGGUGUAAACUAUAGCAUACAAGACUUUUUGGGUCCCGCUACUUGGCUGGAGAAUAACAACAAGACCUACGAAGAAUAUGCCGAUGCCAUUAAGCACAAACAAGAUGGCUCUACCACUCUUUACCAAUGUGUUAUUUAUUUGGCUCCUGGUGAUUAUCAUCGUUUCCAUUCCGCCGCCGAAUGGCAGCCUACAUUGCGAAGACAUUUUACCGGCGAAUUGCUAUCAGUUAAUCCAAAAAUUGCCACCUGGUUACCCGGCUUAUUUGUACUUAACGAACGCGCCUUAUAUUUGGGCCAAUGGCAAUAUGGUUUCUUCAGUUAUACCGCUGUCGGCGCUACCAACGUUGGUUCCAUGGAAAUAAUUAUGGAUGAAAAGCUAAAAACCAAUCGUUGGGUUGGCUUGAGAACUAACCGUGAAUAUGAUGAACUUUUAUUGGCCGAAAAACCAUGCUUGAAGAAAGGUGAUCUAGUGGGUCAAUUUAAUAUGGGUAGUACUAUAGUAUUGUUAUUUGAGGCUCCCAAUAAUUUCCGUUUUGAUAUAGAAGCUGGUCAAAAGGUUAAAGUAGGCCAGGCAUUAGGUCACAUGGCUUAAGAAUACAAAAACAAUGAAAUCAUUAUUUUUUUAAAUUCUCUUCGUUUUAAGCAGUUUGUAUACAAAUUGUUUGGAGCGAUUCUAUUUUGGAAUUUUGCUUAUCGAAAUAUGGCUCAAUGAGUUCUAGGAAUUUCGAUAAAGUUUCGUCGUUUAAAUUUGUUCUCAAAACGCACAUUUUAUGUAGAUUUCAAAGUAUCUAUCUUUUCAAAAGAACUAUUUUGAAAUUUUAUGUGUUAACAAAUUUACAUAUUUUCAAGAACAGUUUCAAUACAAGUCUGUUUGAAAUAAGUGACAGUAUAAAACCCACCACGAAUUCGAUAAAAAAAACAUCUAACGAUUUAAAAAUCUUAAUAUAUAUUUUUGUGGUUUAUUAGUUUGAGUUCUUGUAUAAAUGAUAUUGUACAAAGAACUUCAAAACUCGAAACAUAUUUAUCGAAUUAUAUAGUUACCUUAAUUAACUACGACAAUGAAAACAAAUGUGACUUGUUGACAUAAUUACUUUUGUUUUUUUGGUAAUUAUCAUUUCAUUAUGCUUCACCUUUCAGCAUUAUUGCAAUUAGAAGAAUACAUACCUGAAAAUAUAAACAAAUAUAAAUGUAUGGUUUAAAAUUAAAAAGAAUAUAAUAUAUAUUGUCGUAUGGCAAUAAACUUAAGCUUAAGUGCCUUUUGCGAUAAAAAAAAAAAAAUAUUAAACUUAUCUUAAUUUAAACACACUUUCUAUAUACCUUUGAAACUGUUUUUGUAAAACUUAAUUUCUAAUUUAGUUUUUGGUUCGUUUUACAAAAAUGGUCCCUAAUUUUUAGUUUUAUUUUAUAUUACCUAAAAAUACUAUUGUAAUUUUUAAAAUUUUCAAGUAUUUUUUUUAUAUAUAUUUUUCCUAUUACUUUAAACUUAUUUAUUUAACUUAAUAUGCAUACAUAAAUACGUACUCUCAUAGUAAUUCUCAAUGUAAAAUUAUUAAUAUUUAUAAAAAAAAAAAAUUAACACAAAAAUAUGCCAUAUUAAAGGCCAAAUAAUUUAUAAACUAAUUUGUAUUAUUUUUAAGAAUUCGCUGUGUAUAUUGUUGAUAAUAAUUUAAAGUUUAAUUGUAUCUCCAAAUUAAUUAUGGAGAAUAAAAGACUUUUUUUUGUAUAUUUAUGAAAUAAAGAUGUUUAUAAAAUUAA